UGUUGGAGAGUAAGAAAGUGAAAGAACUUGCCGAUUCAUAUGAAUUGCUGUUAGAAUUGGUAAAAGAUUUAAUACCUAUACAGAUGAAACUUGGUAUAGAUAUCAAUCCCAUUUUAGAAGCAAAACUUAGAAAGAAUAAAGCCUCUUCAGAUAAACCAAUUAGAUUAUUUGAUUUGCUUUUAUGCUUAGAAGAUGAUAUAACGACAAUUCAGGAAGAACUUGAAAUAGCAGAAGAAGCCGAUAAAAAUGCAAGAGUGUACCUUCGGAAGUUUGAAGUAUUUCAUGGUUCCUUAGAAGAUGUUCCAA